AGACAUUUAUUCAAUCAGUUGUUAAUUAGCAGUAGUUAAUAACACACUACUUUAUUUUAAUAUCGAAUGAUAUAUAAGAUAUAACAAAACUAUUACAAUUUCGUACAGAAAAAAAGGGUAUUUUGGUCAACUGCUAUAAACCAUCGAUUUAUUGCAAUGGCAUAUACUACUGAGGUUUCGUCCAUUACCGAUGCAUUGAAUGCAACAAACACUAGAACUUUCGUCAAACCAUCACCUGUUCCGUCUGCUAUAACAUUUACUUUGGGAGUAGUUGGAAAUAUCAUUGCUAUUUUUGUGCUUGUUCGGAGUUCUGAUCGACACAAAUGGAACGUUUUUUACAGAUUUGUUACUGCAUUAGCAAUCACAGAUUUAUUUGGGAUUCUUACAACAUCCCCAGUGGCUUUUGCUGUCUAUGACAAUAAUUUGAAGUGGGUUGGAGGUGAACCGUUGUGUCACUAUAUGUCAUUUAUGUUAAUUUUCUCCGGAUUAGCAACAGUUUUGCUUGUCGGUGCCAUGGCUUUAGAUAGGUAUUUAGCUAUCUUGCAUCCAUUCAAAUAUAAUUCAGCUUCCCGAUACACUAUCGUUAAUUUUGUUAUAUUUGGAAUUUGGUUAUUUUCUGUGUUGAUUGCUGCCUUGCCGUUGUUUGGACUUGGUGAAAAUGUGAAACAGUUUCCAAAAACAUGGUGUUUCUUCAAUUUUUUCGGCGACAGAACGGAAGAUGAAUUUUUUGCAUACUUUUAUUCUGCACUCGGACUUGGAACAAUCUUUCUAACUGCUGUUUUAAAUGUUUGUGUCAUACUUGGACUAAUUACCGGAAAAAGAAGCCAGAUUCGUCGAGGAAGCGUUACUAGUCGAAAAGCAAGAGCACGAACGGAUGUUUAUAUCACAAUUUUUCUAGUAGCAAUAUGUGUAGUGUUCGCUGUUUCUUGGGCGCCAUUUCUUGUUAGAAUAAUCAUCAACCAGAGUCGUACUGUAUCGCGAAACAUUAAAGCUGACCUUUUGACCUUGCGACUUGCAACCUUAAAUCAAAUUUUAGAUCCAUGGGUGUAUAUCUUAUUCCGGCGUGAGAUGUUAAGCAAAUUUGCAUUUUGCUGCAAAACUCAAGGUCAAGAUUCGUUCUUCAGAAGACUUGUUAGUUUUACUACAGGAAGCUUCAGGAGUAAUUCACCAACGACUGAAACCAGUACAAACGGGACACCAGUACCACAAAGACGUCACAUGAUCUCAAUCGCGGCACGCCUUCCACAAGAAAGUUAUAAAGAUGACAGAAGGGAGAGUGAAAACAACAAUCGAGACGAGACAAUAGACGAGACUUUAAUGUCACAAGAUAAUAUGUAAUUCCAUUUAUACAUGAAUUACAGACUAGUGAUAUCGACUAUAUUUUGCAAGUCUGUAGAUUAUGCAAAUAGUUCGAAGCUUUCAAUUUUCAAAAUAUUACCAACAUUUUAUCAUUAAAAGUAAAAAAAAAUCCAAAGAAACUAUUCGCAUUUCAUUCAAGAUAUUCUUGUUUACUCGACUUGGUGGAGUGAAACUGACUGAAAGUCAUGAUCAAAGCUGUAUAUUCUAUACGUGAAUCAUUGAUAUUGUUUUUUUUAUUUAUGGUUAACUUAUUUACGCUUUCAGAUCAGUUGGAAAGGAUCUGUACUAAGCACAAAACCAUAUAGCCAAAAGGCACACGACUGUAAAAAUUAGUUGAUAACGGCUUGACUUAUAAAAGCAGAAGAGUCAAAAAAGCAAAUAAUCAUAAAAAAACACACAUUAAGGAUUCACUUAAAGUAUAAUAGGUAAAAACAAAACAAAAAAAUGAUAAUUUGCAAAAUUACCUAGUUCAUUCGUCUUGGUACUCGCGUUUUUUUACAGUCACUAACUGUCUUGUUUUCAUAACGAGAACAUUAUAUUUAAAAGUUAUAUUCACGAACCUACAAAGUAUAUAUGUCAAACUGUUGAUUUUGAUAUUUUUUAUAUAAAUGGAUGUUUGCUUGACAUGCUUUGGAAUUUUUGUCAGAUUUUCGAAAUCCUCUGGUUUUAUCCUGAAUGCCUUUAAAAAAAAUGGCCCAUGAACCCCCAAUUUUCUUUUUAUAAAUCUUUUACAUGUAUAAUUAUAAGCCAUUUGUAAAAGUCUUAUUAAAUCUUUUUUAUUUUUUAAUAGUUUUUGAGAACUUUAACUGGGCAAUGAGUAAGUUAUGAAAAAUCAAGAGAGAACAUUUUCCCGCCAAAAUUCCAAUGGCUUAUAUCUCGAAAACAAGCAAAUUAACCCCUAUAUUUUUUUUUGCUUUUUUGAUUCCUCAAAUAAUCCCCUUUCAAUAUAAACUAGUUUUAGGGAAAGUUAUUUAUUUUGAAACUGAGCAGCAAGCAUCCUUAAGUUUACUUGCAUUUGAAAUAUACCAAGUCAUGUUAUUAAAUAUUCAAACAGCUAACGAUUAAUAAAUAUGUUUGACAUUAUGUUUCGACCAAUACGUGCAUUAUUUGAAUAUUAAAUUUGUAACAGCA